AUGGAGAGGCUCAAGUCAAACGGAGAGGGGCAUGUUAACUCCGCUUAUGAUGCCACUCUGGAUGGACCUCCUAACUAUCAGGAGACCAGCUUCUCUAAUGGGGAGCACAGGACAGUGCGGCCUUCAGUGGCCAGCGCCUUUGGUCAUGACACUUUGGACCGAGUGCCCAACAUUGACUUCUAUCGCAACGUGGGCAGUGUGAGUGGUCACCGGGCCGUGCGACCAUCCCUGCAGGAGCUCCACGAUGUGUUUCAGAAGAAUGGAGCCAUCUCUGUGCCAGACACUGUGGAGGACGAUGGCGAAGGGAGUGACGGGACCCCCUCUGAUGAUCUGGAGUCUGCUGUCCCCGUUGAUAGCAACAAAGGAGUAGUAAAGUUUGGCUGGAUAAGGGGCGUCCUGGUGAGAUGCAUGCUGAACAUCUGGGGUGUCAUGUUGUUCAUCCGUCUGUCCUGGAUUUUUGGUCAGGCAGGCUGGGGUCUGGGGAUUGUGGUCAUUGUUCUCAGCUGUGUUGUCACCACCAUCACUGGCCUUUCCAUGUCUGCCAUCUGUACUAACGGUGUGGUCAGAGGAGGAGGAGCCUACUACUUGAUAUCUCGCAGUUUGGGACCAGAGUUUGGCGGGUCAAUUGGUCUAAUUUUCGCCUUUGCCAAUGCAGUGGCUGUAGCCAUGUAUGUGGUGGGAUUUGCUGAGACUCUGGUCGACUUGCUCAAGGAUAACGAUGCCAUCAUGGUGGAUCCACUAAAUGACAUCAGAAUCAUUGGAUGUAUUACUGUGGUGUUGCUGUUGGCCAUAUCAGUUGCUGGCAUGGAAUGGGAGGCCAAGGCACAGAUUAUCCUACUUAUUAUCCUGCUGGUGGCCAUAGUGAAUGUAUUCGUAGGAACAGUCAUUCCUGCAACCGACACUCAGAAAAUCCAAGGCAUCUUCAAUUAUGAUUCGAAAAUCUUCUUAGAGAAUUUUCCUCCAGAUUUUAGAGGGAAGGAGAGUUUCUUUUCAGUGUUUGCCAUCUUUUUCCCUGCUGCAACUGGGAUCCUAGCAGGAGCCAACAUCUCUGGCGACUUGCGGGAUCCUCAGGGAGCCAUACCUAAAGGUACCUUACUGGCCAUCAUGAUAACUGGAGUCACCUACCUGGGUGUGGCCCUCUGUGUCUCUGCCUGUGUUGUCCGUGAUGCCACAGGAAACCUUACUUCCAUCAUUAACAGUACAUUUGAAACAUCAUGUAAUGGCUCUGCAGUGGCUGCUUGUGAGCUCGGCUAUGACUUCUCUUCCUGCGCAGUAGAAAAAUGCAAAUAUGGCUUGAUGAACAACAAUCAGGUGAUGACCUUGGUUUCUGGGUAUGGUCCGCUGAUCAUUGCUGGAACGUUCUCAGCCACCCUGUCAUCAGCCCUGGCUUCUCUUGUCAGUGCUCCCAAAGUCUUCCAGGCACUGUGUAAAGACAACAUCUACAAGAUCCUGCACUUCUUUGCCAAAGGAUACGGCAAGAACAACGAGCCAAUCCGUGGCUACAUCCUCACAUUUAUUAUUUCUGUUGCAUUCAUUCUCAUUGGUGAUCUCAACACCAUCGCUCCUAUCAUCUCAAACUUCUUCCUGGCAUCUUAUGCUCUCAUCAAUUUCUCCUGCUUCCAUGCAUCCUACGCCAAGUCUCCAGGUUGGAGACCAGCAUAUAAAUACUACAAUAUGUGGCUGUCCCUGGUGGGCGCAUUGCUCUGCUGUGUUGUUAUGUUUGUUAUCAACUGGUGGGCUGCUCUACUCACAUACGGCAUUGAAAUCCUCCUUUACAUAUAUGUCACUGUCAAGAAGCCAGAUGUGAACUGGGGUUCGUCCACGCAGGCGGUGACAUUUGUGAGUGCAGUCAGCAACGCUCUGUCUCUGUCCGGUGUCGAGGAUCACGUCAAGAACUUCAGGCCUCAGAUCUUAACACUGACUGGUUCAGCACGGGCCAGACCAGCUCUCCUACACCUGGCUCACUCCUUCACUAAGAACUAUGGACUCUGUCUCACCUGUGAAGUGUUUGUGGGCCCGAGGUCAGAGGCCCUUGAAGAGAUGAAUGCUGGCAUGGAGAAGAACCAGCUGUGGCUUAGGAAGACCAAACGCAAGGCAUUUUACGCUGCUGUGGCCUGUGACAGCUUCAGGGAAGGGGCCGAGAGCCUGCUGCAGGCUUCUGGUCUCGGCCGUAUGAGGCCUAACACAUUAAUGAUGGGCUUCAAGAAAAACUGGAGGACUGUGGGUGCGGAGGCAGUGCAGAGUUAUGUGGGAAUACUGCAUGAUGCGUUUGACUUUGAGUAUGGGACAGUGGUUCUGAGGAUAAACGAGGGACUUGAUGUGUCGCACAUUGUCGAAGCUGAAGAGGAGACGCUAAAGGCAGCAAGGGAGCAACAGGCACUGGACAAUGAGAUGAAGCAGAACGGAGGGAAAUCAAAAGGACUGUUCAAGAAGUCCAGGAAAUCCUCUAAGCAAGUGCUCACGACCAGAGUGUCGGUGUGCGGCCCUCCGCCCCCGCAGGUUGCUAAAAUGAAUGAGAAGCUGUUGGAGGCCAGUGCUCAGUUCGAGAAGAAACAGCCUAAAGGCACCAUUGAUGUGUGGUGGCUGUUUGACGAUGGAGGUCUUACCUUGCUGCUCCCCUACAUCCUCACCACCAGGAAGAAGUGGAAGGACUGUAAAUUAAGGAUCUUCAUCGCGGGGCAGCCUGGACGCGCUGAUCUGGAUAAAGAGGAGAUGAAGUCUCUGUUGCACAAAUUCAGGAUUAACUGCACUGACAUCAACGUCAUUGAUGACAUCCAUAUCCCUCCCAGGACUAACAGCCUGAAGAAGUUAGAGGACAUGAUUGAGCCUUUCUGUCUGCAUGAGGGGUCUAAAGACGCUGCUCAGGCUGAAGCCAUGCGGAAAGCGCACCCCUGGAAAAUCACUGAUGAAGAGCUGAGCUCCUUUGAGGAGAAGACCAACCUCCAGGUACGACUGAAUGAGCUGCUUCAGGAAAAUUCCAAAUCAGCUAAUCUGAUCAUUGUGAGCAUGCCCAUUGCCCGUAAGGGGUCUGUGUCUGAUUUCCUUUACAUGGCCUGGCUGGAUGCUCUGACAAAGGACCUUCCACCCACCCUACUCAUUAGAGGCAACCACAAGAGUGUGCUUACUUUCUACUCUUGAGCAUACUGUGGGCAGCUAUAAAGGAUAUAAAUGGCAGUACCAUAAUGUUCAUAAAGCGCACCAGAACCUCGAAUGAUGUUAUUCAGUCCUCCAGACCAGCACCACAGUGUAACACAAACAUGUUUUAGUUAAGUCAUGAUGAGAGCAUUUAUACUCACAAGUGCUACAAUAAAAAACUAAAGGAAAUACCCAAAAGACACACAGAAAUGUGGUCAGCAGAAGAAAGGCAUAAUAAUGGUUUUCAUUUUUGGUCACAGCUAAACCUUGUUAACAUUUUACCAUAAGCUGUUUUUAUCCCUUGGUCUGUGCCAUUUCAUGACAGCUUGUGGCGAGCUGUGAUCUGGAAAAGAAUUACUUGCACUGUGUGAAGUUGCAGCCAGCUUGCCAGCAAGGGAACCUCACAUUUUACUACACUGUACAGCGACCAGUAUAAAUCUUUAACUGCUGUGCUGCACUCAGGGUUUCUAUGAAUGCUGCCAGUCAGGAUCAAGACUAGCCUCAAUAAAGAAAAAUGUAUUUCUGACAUUGAAAUUGAAAAUGUCAUCAAGUCUGAAUGUGAAUUUAGGAGCAUAUGCAAAGUUUAAGCUCUUUGCAACAGUGGCAAAGGAGGCACAAAAUGAUAUAAUACUCUCAGAUAUUAUUAUAUACACAAAACAAACAAAAAGCUCACAUUUUGGGGUUAAAAAACAAAUCACACGUCUGCCCAACUCAGAUCAGCCCAAAGAACAAAAACAGAAACACAAGGCUGCUUUCAAUGGUCACACUGAGUGACUGUGUCGUCUGUCAUUGUAAAAUAAAUGUAUAUAGUAGAUGUCUGAAUUCACUAGUGGAUAUUUUUUGAGCAAAAAAAGCCCCUUUCUGUCAUGAAUGAUUAACAGCAUCUGUUCUUUUAAACUGUGUAGAAAAGGUUUGAUUCUUUUUUUUUUGAGCAUUCCUUGAUAUUCACUGAGUGUAAAAUACACUGCUAUCAUGAAGCUGUUUACCUGUUCCACAUUAUACUGUUGAAAUAUGUCUAAUGUUACUAUCACAGCACAACUUUUUGUUUAAGGAAAUUUUAGUGAAAUAAAAGAUUUUAAUGUCAAUUCCUCUGUAUAUUUUAAGCUAUUGACAGUCUUUCUAUUUAAAUUUAUAACUGUGAUUACUUUGAGAUGAAUGAUGAAUAAAAUUUCGAGCUGUUCUUA